UCACUGAUUACCGAUAUCCGAUGGCUAGCAAUCCUUAUGUUAAAUCUGUACUUUUGCUGCUUGGCUUCGGCGGCAUUGGUUAUGGGCUAAUGUUACUCACUGAGCCGAGUGCCGAGAAGUUGGAGCGCAUUAAAGCAUCGGGGUCGGCAAAUAUGGAUCAGCAAAAAAAGGCAUUAUUUAUGCAAAAGCUGAAGGAAGCGGCAACAACGAGUACGCCAAUAUACAGGCAAACAACAGAUGCAGAUAAAAAAGAUAACUAAACUAAGGUUAUUUGUAAUUUAAUUGUU